AUCGCAACACAGGAGGAGCUUGGGAAGUCGGUGAGUUAUGUGUAGAGGAAAUAGAAUCUGCAAAUUCAGAACUUCUCCGAACAGCUUAAUACAAUGCCUUCAGGGAGAAUCUGUGGUCUGGCAGUGAAAGAUGUGCGCUUCCCCACAUCGCUCGAACAGCACGGCUCCGACGCCAUGCACACGGAUCCCGACUACUCUGCAGCCUACGUCAUCAUUGAGACGGACUCGGGAACCCGGGGCUUCGGCCUCACCUUCACCGUAGGGAAAGGGACGGAGAUCGUGGUGUGUGCUGUGCAGGCUCUGCGUCCAUUGGUGCUGGGGAAGACUCUUGAUGACAUCACCGCAGACUUCAGGAGCUUCUACCGUUUACUCACUAGUGACGGACAGAUGAGAUGGGUUGGACCAGAGAAGGGGGUGAUUCAUUUGGCCACGGCAGCAGUGCUGAAUGCCGUAUGGGACUUGUGGGCACGAGCCGAAGGAAAGCCGGUGUGGAAGCUACUUGUUGAUAUGACACCUGAGCAGCUGGUCUCAUGUAUCGACUUCAGAUACAUCAGUGAUGCCCUGACUGACCAGGAGGCAUUGGACAUACUUCGCAAGGGCCAGGAGAGUAAACAGCAAAGAGAGGAGCAGAUGAUGAUUGAGGGCUAUCCAGCUUAUACCACCUCUUGUGCCUGGCUGGGAUACCCUGACCAGCAGCUCACACAGCUCUGCUCCCAGGCCCUGGCUGAUGGUUGGACGGCGUUUAAAGUGAAGGUGGGGGCGGACCUUGAUGAUGAUAUUCGGCGCUGCCGUCUGAUUCGCCAGAUGAUCGGUCCUGAGAAGAUCCUGAUGAUUGACGCCAACCAACGCUGGGAUGUGGGCGAGGCUGUUGCCUGGGUAACGCGCCUGUCGGAGUUCCAGCCGCUGUGGAUCGAAGAGCCCACCUCUCCUGAUGACAUCCUCGGCCAUGCCCACAUCUCUAAGGCUCUUGCUCCGCUGGGUAUUGGAGUAGCUUCUGGAGAACAGUGUCAUAACAGGGUGAUGUUUAAGCAGUUUUUCUUGGGCAGGCCGAGAAGCAUGCUCAUGGCCAGCAAGUUUAAUGGUGAGUUUGUCCAGCCAUCAUGCUCAUGGCCAGCAAGUUUAAUGAGUGUAUGUUUGAUGAGGUGUCCUCAUGCAGGAGGUGUAGGCUUGUGUGAGCUGGUUCAGCAUCUCAUCCUCUUUGACUACAUAUGUGUGUCCGGCAGUCUGGAAAAAAGGAUGUGUGAAUAUGUGGACCAUCUCCAUGAACACUUCAAGAACCCCACCAUUAUCCACAACGCCCACUACAUGCCUCCUAUGGCUCCAGGGUUCUCCUCGGAGAUGGUGGAAUCCUCUGUGGAAAAACACACGUUUCCUCAGGGCGAGGUGUGGAGGACCGUCAAUCAGCUGUGACACACACACACACAACCUGAGAUUUGGAACACACUAGCAAAAAAUCACACUUUAAACAGAAAACUAACACUUGCUGCUAUCCUCACUACAAGAUCAUUCUAUGCUUAAGAGAGAUUAGUAAACUAUGGCUGAUUAAUGUUUGAUUCAUGAACUAAUAGCGAUUAAUGUUUUUUUAAUGUUUCUUUUUUUUUUAAAUGUUCCCACACAAGAAACAUCUGGGGCCUGUACUACGA